AUGAUCGCCUCGACGUUCUUGCUGCGGGUGGCUCUGCUUAUCGGUGUUGUAUCUGCUCAGUGUCCUGAUUAUUCGUCAUAUUCUACCGAGCGUCAUCUUCCGUACUCCAACGGCACAUACCAGUUGUCCUACAUGCGGCCCGACCCUGCUUGCCGAACUUUCAACUCAUCCGAUGUCGAGGAUGUGCUCAUUCAGAUGGAAAGUGUAAUAAGGGAUCCGGAUUUGUACCGUCUCUUUCAGAACACGUACCCCAAUACUCUCGAUACGGCAAUCAAAUGGAAGGUAUUUGCUGCCAAUGACUCGGAGGAAGAACUCACAUUUGUGAUCACGGGUGAUAUAGAUGCUAUGUGGCUCCGAGACUCGGCCAACCAGGUGCAACCUUACCGAUCUUUGAUCAAGGCGAACGAUUCUUCGGCAGACGGCAUUGCCUCGUUGUUCCGUGGUGUUAUUAAUAUCCAAGCACGAUACUUGUUGUUCGGGCCUUUCUGCAACGCAUUUCAAGCUCCUGUCGAGUCGGGCAUCCCUCCUGCAGAGAAUGGGGCCGCAGUUGGUGUCACCGUAAAGCCGGCGUACAACAACGCGACUGUCUUCGAGUGCAAGUACGAGCUUGAUAGCUUGGCCGCAUUCCUUCAGGUAUCGACCGACUAUUACAACGCGACAAAAGAUGUGGAGUUCUUUGGAAAAUUUCAAUGGGUUUCCGCCGUCCAAGCCGUCCUGGAGACCGCCAAGGCCAUGCAGACACCGAGCUACGCUGAAGAUGGCCGAGUCCUCGAGAGUCCUUACACCUUCAGCCCCGGACUCAACGGUGGCCAAGGCAGCCCUGUGGCAAAUGGCACGGGACUGAUCCGCUCGGCCUUCCGGCCCAGUGACGACAACACGCUGUUCCAGCUUUUCGUCCCAGCCAAUAUGAUGUUCUCGCGGAACCUCGCUAGUACAGCAGAGAUUGUGGCGGCAUUAGGCGAUGCUGCUCCUGCUGGCUUAGCUACCCAGAUGACUGACUUUUCAGACUCGCUCAGAGACGCGAUUGAGAGUUCCGGCAUUGUAACAGAUGCUGAUACCGGUACGAGGAUCUUCGCGUACGAGGUGGACGGUUUCGGGAGCACAGCGAUUAUGGAUGAUGCCAACAUACCUUCUCUGCUGUCGGCGCCAGUUCUGGGGUACUUGGAUGUCAGCGACGAGGUCUACCAGAACACACGAGCGGUCAUCCUAGACCAAUCGGGCCCGACAGGCAAUCCUUACUUCAUGCGAGGCCCAGUGAUCAACGCCGUCGGAGGCCCGCAUGUAGGUUUAGGCCAGGCAUGGCCGAUGGCAAGCAUUGUGAGGAUCUUGACAAGCGCCGACGAGGCGGAAAUAACAACUUCGUUGAAGGAGAUUGUCAGUAGUACCGACGGUCUUGGGUUAAUCCACGAAAGUGUCAACACCUUUAAUCAGAGCGAAUGGACAAGGCAGUGGUUCACCUGGGCGAACGGGCUUUUUGGGCAGAUGAUUCUGGAUCUCAAUGAAAGAAAGCCGGAGAUACUUCAGCUCAAUUUUCAGUAG